UAAAGGUGGUGACACCGAGCUCUAGUUACCUUGUAUCAACUUUGUGGAUGUCCACGACCCAAAUAAAUCUUUCAUGACGUAAUGCAUCGCUGUGAUAAACUGCCGACUCACGAGGGCAUCUAGUGGGGGCAGCCCAGUGGUGGGGGUUGGGUGGGUGGGGGAAACCUCUCCAUCUGACCCAGGUGAGAAUGUUAUAUAACCAGGACUGGAACAGGGGAAAAGAUCAGGAGACCGCAGCAUGGCGGCCUGAUCCCAUUAGAGGUUUUAUUUCAUUAGCUUUCUUUAGUCUCGCUCCAAGACCUAAGAGGGUUACAGCGUCCUAAAGUUUGCUCUCUGCCUGCACCAUCACUCAUGUGGGGCCAUUCGUGCAACUAGGAUCUUCCUGGCCCCACCGCCAUGGAGUUCUUUAGUAUUUUCCCCUAAAAAAAAAAAAAAAAAUCGAACCCCAGCAGCUAGAUUUGGAGCUAGACUGUUUGGAGCCCGCUAAAAUCUUCGACAAAAGACACUUUCGGACACUCUUUGUGCUCUUCUCCUUUUGGGUUGGAUGAUGGGCAAUCACGGCUCCAACCUGGAUGACAUCCUCGCCGAGGACAUGCACCACUGGUACAACAAGUUCAUGCGAGAUUCGCCGUCGGGUCUCAUCACAUUGUUCGAACUGAAGACCAUCCUGGGACUGAAAGGUAUGACCGAGAACGCCAACAGCUACGUGGACCAGGUUUUCUUCACUUUCGACAUGGAUGGGGAUGGUUAUAUCGACUUUGUGGAAUACAUCGCUGCCAUCAGUUUGAUGCUGAAGGGGGAAAUCAACCAGAAGCUGAAGUGGUACUUCAAACUCUUUGACCAGGAUGGAAACGGAAAAAUUGACAAGGAAGAGUUGGAGACGAUCUUCUCGGCCAUCCAGGAUAUCACACGAAACAGAGACAUUGACCCUGAAGAGAUCGUCACACUCAUAUUCGAGAGAAUCGACGUGAAGGGGGAAGGUGAGUUGACCCUGGAGGAGUUCAUCGAGGGUGCCAAAGACCACCAAGACAUCAUGGACAUGCUGAAGAACUUGAUGGACUUGACGCCGGUGUUGCUCAUCAUUGUGCAGGGUAUCAGGUCGUGAGCGGCGAGGCUGCCCGAAAAGCAAAACAAAAACUGUGGGGGGGGGAAAAAGACCUGUCAACACCCAGAAGGCUUGUCUGUGACGGAACAUUGUCUCAGGUGAACAGGUGGACAGAAAACUUCACUCCUGACAUCUCAUUUUCACAAAUAUACAAUUGCGAACUCCCCAAAAAAUAUCUGAGAGUUAUGGUGAAUUCUCUCAUUCCCAUUUUAAAGUUUAUCCUAAAAUUAACGUUUGAAUCGACUUUACAGAGUCAGGCCAGUGAUUUAGCGCCUCUAUCUUGACUGAAAUUCAGAAAAAAAAUCUAAACUAGCAUUUUAAUUUCUUAAUGGCUUUAGUUCUUCAGAGCCACAAUCAAAGCAUCUUUGAAAAGAAUCAACACUGUAAAAAAAAUUAUGACAAUGUAUAUUACUUUGUUUUAUAUAGUGUUAAAAAUUGUGCCUAACACCAUAAACUCUAUUGAUUGUCUAAACAUACUUUAGAUCAACAACAAUCUACAAAAGGAUAAUUCACAUGCAGAUUUAUGCUGACGGGCAACGUUUUUAUCUCAAUCUCUAAAUAUCUUCGGCGGCACUAUUCUGCAGUGCAUGCUGGGAGUCUCCUCUGGCUCAACUCGUUUGUUCUGAUCCUCUUAAAAAGCUUCAUCCGUUUGAUUUGUAACAGUGAUCAUUCAGGUUUCCUUCCAACAAGUAGUCAUAUCUAUUUGGAUUCAUUUUUGAAGAAAAGAAACACAAAAACGUGUCUCAGACAUUUGAUGUGAAUAAACAGCUGAACUGAUUAUCAUCAACAUUAACCGACCAUCUAAUUGGGAUUAUAAACCUGUGCUAAUCGAGAAAUAGAUAGCCCACCUUGUUAACACCAGCUAAGAAGUUACUAAUUAAUUGCUUAAAGUGGGUAGAAAUGACUUAGUGAAAGUACAGUUGAACUGGUUAAAAUCACUGACCUGUAAAUUCAACUGGGUGGCGCAAACAUGUUUAAUAGUCACUUAAAUUGGUUAGAAUCUGUGCUAUUGCUCAACUCACUGCUAAAUGACAAACUGAACUGGUUGUAAAAAAAA